AUGACAGCAACAACAUUACCGGAGGCCGCUCUCGGCGUUCUUCCACGCGCGGACGGAUCUGCAAGAUAUUCUCACGCUGGAUACACAGUGACGGCCUCAGUCAACGGUCCAAUCGAAGCCCAACGGAGGGAUGAGCAUGCGUAUGAGGCACACAUCGAUGUCAUCGUACGACCAGCAGCAGGGGUUGGAGGGACCCGGGAACGGCACCUCGAGUCGAUUCUGCAGUCCUCGCUCGCUCAGAUCAUCCUUGUCAAAAACUUUCCCCGCUCUCUCAUCCAGAUUGUCCUCCAGGUUGAGGAUUCGCCAGAGAACGACUAUGUGAAUACCAAGCUCGUUCAGGCGAGCCUGAACUUUGCCAUUAUGCCGGCGCUGAUGCAGACUGCCGUCCUCGCGCUUCUCUCUGCGGCUGUGCCGAUGAGGGCAACCGCAACAGCCACUGCUGUAGCGAUCAUGCAUCAAGAUGGUGCCAAGCAGACCGUGGUAGAUCCACACCCGAGAGACAUCGAAAAGGCCCAGUCAGUCCAUGUGCUGGCCUUCACGUCGCAUGACGAGUUACUCUUGGCAGAGAGCGAGGGCGACUUUACGGUCAAGGAGUGGGACAAUGUGUAUGAGACCGCCAGGGGAAUUUGCUGCCGCUCUCCACCACAGGCAAAAGAAGGAAUGGCGAUGCUGCUUGACGACGAAAGUACCGGUGGCCCAGAUAUGCGGCAGUUCCUUCGGUCAACAAUGGGGUUCAAAGUGGCUGCCGACCUCCACUGGAAGUGA